AUGCCGCUUAUUAAAGAAAAACAAAAAUCUACUACUUGGAAUAACAACGGCAGUGAAAAACGUCGUUUCAGAGGAGUUCGCAAGCGGCCAUGGGGCCGCUACGCUGCUGAGAUUCGAGAUCCGGGUAGAAAAACCCGGGUCUGGCUCGGGACUUUUGAUACUGCCGAAGAUGCUGCCCGUGCUUACGAUAAGGCCGCGCUUCAAUACCGUGGGUCUAAAGCUACACUCAAUUUCACCGAUCCGUUGUCGGUGAACCCUGCUGUCACCGCCACCGUCACGGCGAAUAAUAGGAGUGUUUCGCCAAAUGGGUCUUCUGUGUCGAGCGUUAUCACUACUGUUGAGUCGUCAUCUAACGUGGUUCCUAUUCAAAUGGGUCUGACACGUCAUCAUAUGGGUGUCGGAUCUGGGUAUCCAAUAUACCCGCUUUUGAUCCCGCCGUCGGAGGUGAUGGGGUUUGUACCACAUGCUUUGCCUAUUUGUUUCCCUGAUGUGCGCAUGAUGAGAAGUGGUUUGGAGUGUAGUUUGAAAGGUGGGACCAUAAGUGAUUCCGACUCUUCGUCGUCGGUGGUUGAGGAUAGUCAACCCAAAUCGGUACUUAAUCUUGAUCUUCGUUUAGGUAUAUGA